UAUACCGCGCCAUUGGCUCAAAACAUCUUCCUGACAGUAAUAUAAGUUUUGUGCAUUUUGAUUCACAUCCAGAUCUCCUUAUUCCUGUGAAUAUGCCAGCUGACACCGUGUUUGAUAAGGAAACUCUUUUUGGGUGGCUCAGCCAGUGUUUGCCAGAUUCUGCUAUAAAAUACAGAAUUUUAGAAAAAGAAGACACUUGGUAAGUUAUUUGAGCCAAUUCUCCCUUCCUCUCCAUUUUAAAACUGAGGCACAAGAAAAUGUGCAGUAAUUUAAUUUGUAUAUCUUGUCUUCCAGUAUUGAGUUUUUUCAACCUCCCAAUUUGUUACUUUCAGGUCACAAAUCCUGCUGAUUUUCAGUUAUAUAGAAUCAUUGAGAUGAAAGUGAAAUGAGAAUUAAGUAUUGAGAACUGGAUUAUGCCUGCAGUUUAUGCUGGCCAUUUUUCCAAUGUAAUAUGGCUUCAUCCCACAUGGGCUCAGCAAAUCAGAGAGGGUACACAUAACUUUUUAGUAGGCAAAGACACUUCUACCACAACAAUCAGGGUAACAAGUACAGAUCACUACUUCCUAAGUGAUGGUCUUUAUGUAACUGAAGACCAGCUAGAGAACCAAAAACCUUUACAAUUGGAUGUAAUUAUGGUAAAGCCAUAUAAACUCUGUAACAAUCAAGAGGAAAACGAUGCAGUGUCUUCUGCUAAGAAACCAAAGCUAGCACGGGAAGACACAGAACACACUGCCUCUACUAACUGUGCCUCUUGUUCAGAAGGAUUGGAAAAGGACACAGUGACCCAGAGAAGGGUCCACACCAGCCUGGAACCUUCAUGUUCACGUUCUUCUGAGAGCCAGGAAUGCCAGACUACAGUCAGCUCUGGAGAAAUUCUGGAAAUUUUGAAGAAAGGGGAUGCAUUUGUUUUAGAUAUUGACUUAGAUUUUUUUUCAGUCAAGAAUCCCUUCAAAGAAAUGUUCACUCAGGAGGAAUACAAAAUCUUACAAGAGCUCUACCAAUUUAAAAAGCCUGGCACCAACCUGACAGAGGAAGAUUUGGUAGAUUGUGUUGAUACUCGAAUUCACCAACUAGAAGAUUUAGAAGCUACUUUUGCUGAUUUGUGUGAUUGUGAUGAUGAAGAAACUGUACAGAAAUGGGCUUCAAACCCUGGAAUGGAAUCACUAGUUCCACUUGUGCAGAGUUUGAAAAAACGGAUGGAUGUGCCAGACUAUGAAAUGGUUCAUCAGGCUGGUCUAACCUGUGAUUAUUCAGAACUUCCUCACCAUAUCAGCACAGAACAAGAAAUUGAGUAUCUUAUUCAGUCUGUAUUUUAUUUACUGAAAAAUUUACCAAAACCUACUCUUGUAACAAUUGCAAGGUCAAGUCUGGAUGAUUACUGUCCUUCUGAGCAAGUGGACGCCAUUCAGGAAAAAGUCCUCAGUGUGCUCCGCUCCCUCUAUGGGACUCUAGACCUCCACCUGGUGUACUCAGCAGAGUCCUCUCCACCUUGAAACAGCAAAACACUGGACUCCUAUUACAUUGCGAUGUAGUAGCAGGUUUUCAUUAACUUAUUUGUAAAUGAGUCUUCCAGAAAACACUUUGUCUUUAUAUUAACUUUGACUUAAAAUCCUUCAGGUAUUGUCAGUUGUUGAAUGAUGGCAAUUUUGUUGGCAUCAAGACUACCCCUGUUGCUUACCUUUCUUCCUUUCUGUGAUUGUCCUCACUUUUGUGAGGGCGUUUUGUUUUUCCUCUUUUCCCUUUUUUCCUGUAAGUCAGUUAGACUGUAUGAUGCUGGGGUCCAACCCCAGCAGGUCCAGGGGUCCCCAAAGGUGUGGACGGAGUCGGCGAAGAAGGAAGGACACGGAGACAGUGUUCAGUUGAUCAGCAGCCUAGCCAGGAUCUCCAGCCAGGA